UAAACAGUAAUCACGUUACAACCCGGAAGUGUUGCCUUUCUCCGAUUAACGUUUUGAAUAGACGAGAAUGAGCAGUUUAUCUCAUGAAGAAACGAUUAAAGGCGAUGCUGCGAACGUCGGGUCGCUCGUUGAUAAUCGUGUUCGUGUCCUAAUCUUUGUGGUUUGAGGCGGAGGCGGUCGAGUGUGAGCAGCAACGCCCCGAUGAGAGCCACCCCGUCGGAGAACAAAAACAUCCCCUCCGUGUUUACAAACCGACCCACAGAAAUCAUUUCCCCGCAGAGGGUCGUCGGCUAACCGUGCGGUCGUGUGAGUGUAACAUCAGACGAAAAGGAAGAAAAAAAACCCCCACAAAAACAUGGCUGAACUGCACGUUGUGGAGCAGAGCAGCACGGGCACCAUCGAGCAGCCGGAGCACCGCGACGUCCGCGGCUCAAUGCGCCUGGCGUCGCCCACUCUCAUGCUCCCUCCGCGGGGCAGCCAGCUCAGUCCCGGCGGGGUGUCGAGCGGAAGCGGCGGCGGCGGCGGCGGACGGUCGUUGUUCGGGUUCCCGGGGAAGAACAACCCGAACUCCCCGUCCGAUUCUGCAGACAAGCCGGGCUCACGCUGGGUUCGUCUGAACGUCGGCGGGACAUAUUUCAUCACGACGAAGCAGACCCUGUGCAGGGACCCCAAAUCCUUCCUGUUCAGACUGUGUCAGGAAGACCCGGACCUGGACUCCGACAAAGAUGAGACAGGAGCCUACCUGAUCGACAGGGACCCCACGUACUUCGGCCCCAUCCUGAAUUACCUCCGACACGGGAAGCUGAUCAUGGAUAAAAAUCUGGCUGAGGAAGGUGUUCUCGAGGAAGCCGAGUUCUACAACAUCGCGUCUCUGGUGAGGCUGGUCAAAGAGAGGAUACGGGACAACGAGAACCGGACCUCUCAGGGCCCCGUGAAGCACGUGUAUCGAGUACUACAGUGCCAAGAGGAGGAGCUUACACAGAUGGUCUCCACCAUGUCGGACGGAUGGAAGUUUGAGCAGCUUAUAAGCAUCGGCUCUUCUUAUAACUACGGGAACGAGGACCAGGCGGAGUUUCUAUGUGUGGUUUCCAGGGAACUCAACAACUCCACCAACGGCAUCGUCAUCGAGCCCACCGAGAAGGCCAAGAUCCUUCAGGAGCGAGGCUCGCGGAUGUGAAGAGAUCCUGAUCCUCAAACACACUUAAUCAACAACAACAAAAUAACAACAAGAACAUUUCCCCCAGUUUUUAUCAACCGGCAUCAUCAUCAUCAUCCUCCUCCUCCUCAUGACCUCGCCUCCUCCUCCUCCUCCUCUGGUGUGCCUUUCCACAGCGGGGACGCCUCCACGACGCCCCCCCACCCCUCCCUCAGUCCUCGUCCUUCAGAGCUGCGACGGGACCCCGGCUCGUCUCCUCGUUCGUCCUCGUCCAUCGCAGGCUGUGGGACACUUUGGGAGGAUUUUAAAAAAGAAAGGAAAAAAAAAAAAAAAAAAAAA